AAUUAUUCAACAUACAGAAAAACAAAGUUGCAUUACCACAAAAUCAAGAAGAUAAUACCAAACAAAAAAAAAAAUCUCUCUCCUUCUCUUUGUCAAUAGAGAAGAAGAAAAAAAAUGAUGGAUUCUUUAGCUAAAUGCUUUAACGGACUUCAAGAAAGGUACGAGAACAUUCUGGAAGCAAAACCCAUCUACAGAGACGACUUAGACAUAACGUUGCCUCUGAACGGACCAGAGGUACCAACCAAAAAGCCUCGUUGCUUGCAGAGAGCCAAGAGGAUUGACAAAUCCCUGAGGUUCGAAGAGGAAGGGGAAGAGGAAGGGGAAGAGGAAGAGAUCAUGGCAAAGCCUCUGGCUAAGAAAGAAGGUGUCAAGCCACGUAAAGUUGUGAGGUUUCAGCUAGAGAAUAAUAAGAUAUUCGAGCCGGAGAGGCCGGUGAGGUUCGAUCUUGAUCAAGAACUCGAACCAGAGGAGAAGCCGCUGGAGGAGAAGCCGCUGGAGGAGAAAGAGGGUUUGAGUAUAGUUAAAGGGAAGGAAGAGGUUGUGAGGGUUAAGAUCAAGAUGACCAAGCAGGAAGCUCAAAUGCUAUUGGCGAAAUGCAAAAACGACAGCGUUUUGGAUUUCGAGCAUGUUGUGGACCAGAUCGCACACGUCCCGGUUCAUCAGCUUCAAGUCGCUGUGGUUGUGGUUGCUAGUAAUAAUGAGCGACAGGGAAAUGGUUGCUGGGAUAAUUUGUAGUUAAUUUCCGGUUAUUUAUCGAAAAUUUUGUAGUUUUAGCUUACGCAUGCAUCUGUAUAUACUGUAUGUGUUCACAUAUCAAUAGAAGCAACAGGGCUCUGGAAUAUUUU